CUAUUGGAAGUUUGUCUUUAACUCUCUGUAUCUAAUAGAAUGUGACAGGAAAAUGAUCCACCAAACAGUUUGCAAAGAGAUUCUCCCUUCCUGAAGAGGCUGCAUUGCGACAAAGGUGCGUUCAUUUCUUGACGAUGGAACGCAUGAGGAGAAUUGCAGGAAUCGGCAAGGCUAAAGUUCCUUCUGCGCCUUCUGCGGUUCAAAAAGACAAAGAUGAAAGCAUCGUUUUCUUUAGGGAGCUGUACAAGCGUGAGAAGGAUAGGGAUGUGAACCUCUUGGAACCAAUGUACUCGGUCGAGUUUGAAGCUAUUCAAGGUGAUCAUGCUUGUAAAGUUCCCCCAGGAAAAAGAGACUUCCUCAUACCAGUGGACGAGAAGCAUGAUUAUGACUGGUUGAUGACACCUCCAGCUGCACCACUGUUUCCUUCCCUUGAGAUUGAAGCCAAGUCCUCCCAAAUGGUGUUCCAAAGGGAGUUACCAAUCCCUCCCCGUCAAGUUAAACCGUCAGCUUCAAGGCUCUUAGCUAAGCCAGAGGCAACCAAAACAUCGACACGGUCUGCACCACCUACUUCUAACACUUCGUCAAGAAAAACAUUCAUCAAAACCUCUCCAGCCAUCUCCAAAGAGAAGAAGCAACCUUACACUGAAGACCAGAGAUCAAGCCACAAGGUUUCGGUGAAUGGGCAUCAGAAAGCUGCUGAUGCAGCUAUUCCAGGUACCCGAAUAGGUGGCGCACCGAAGAAACAUUCAGAGACGUGCUACGCAACCCAAACCAGCAGCACAAGCACGGUCAAGGGAGUGACAGACCAAGAAAUCCCUUUCAAGACACCGAAGAAUCUGAUCACAACAACCAGGUCAAUAUUCUGGCGCCAUACUCCAUCGACGAAGAAUGCUCAGAGCAAAGAUCCUGGGUCCGGUGUAGAUGUCAAGAAGGAAAGUGGCAAGGUGAGGAGGCCGUCACGUCCGCCGGCGGCAAUAAGGGGCAUGACGGAGCUGCAGUUACAGGACAGGCGGGAUGCGCUGCCGCCAAGAGGGAAGAGUGUGACUGGGAGCGGCGGUGAGCCCGCUUCCAGCACCGGUGGCCGUGCAGGGAGGGCGGCACUGAUGAGGGGCACAGGAAGAGCUAAUGGGAGAGCAUGGAUAUGAGCUUGGAAGCCAGGCGACGAAGGGAGCAUAUACUUCUUCUGAAAUUUCGGGAAUCUGAAAUUUAUAUGGUGCCCUUGUA